UGCAUCUGUUUCUCUGGCAGAUUCUCACCCCUCCUCCUCAGGCAGGGGGUGUGAAAGGGAAUAUCAUGGUCCGGGUGAGGGUAGAAACUACAGUGAUUUUCCUGAAUGUUCCACCACCGCCUUUAAAUGGAAAGAGCAGGGGUUGAAGUAUGUUCCUCUCCAGCAGCUGAUACCAUCCAUCCUAAAAAUAGAGCCAACCACUCAGACAGCCACAGCUCUCUCCAGUCAGUUCUGUCUUCUCUAAAAGUAAAGAAAACAUCAUAAUCUAUUAACCGUUUAAACAUUUACACAGGAAACUACAAGAACAACUCUACGAGAAGUCAAAAUGCCAAAGAUUGUGAGACCAGAGAAUUGUCAACCAGCCAAAACACUGUGGUACGACCGGAAAAACUAUGUGACUAUCAACUUUGUGGUUCAAAACCCAAAAGAUGUUCAAGUAGAUGUCCAGGACACAAAAAUUAUUUUAAGCUGUAAAGACAUAGAUGACAACAAUAUCUACAAUGAGAUUGAAUUUUAUGACCGAGUAUAUAAAGCUGAUUCAAGGGAGAAAGUCUUUGACCGAACAAUUAAUCUCUUGAUAAGGAAAGUGAAGGAAAAUGUGGCAUGGCCUCGACUCCAGAAAGAUCUUGCAAAGCCCACAUGGCUGUUAGUAGACUUUGAUAAUUGGAGGGACUGGGAACAUGAAGAGGAAGAGGGCAUGGCAGAAUAUGAAGAGUAUAUGGAUAUGCUUAAUGAAAUGAAGAACAAAGGAGAGCCUCCUGCCAUGGAUGACCUGGACGAUCUUAGUGACUGAGUGAGCACCAAUGCCCAAGAUGAGCCAUUACAGUUUUCUAAAAUCUUAUAUGUGCAGUAAAAGCCAAUUCACAUUGCCCUGAUAAAUUUGCAAUAUACCGCCACUGACAUAGUGAGCUAGAGUUAUAUGUAUGACAUGGAUGUAAUAUGUAACUGUCUUUUAUAACCUUUAUUUUUUCUUUAUUUGAUUUUCUUUAUUUUUUAAUCUUUUUUUUUAUUUAUUUUGAUUUAAUUGAUUUCCUUGCAAAACAAAUCAUCCUUGCUUUGUCAGAAACAAAAUUAGAUGUGUGUUUUCUAUUUGUGAUUUUAAAAAUGCAAAUAAAGAAAUUGUUUAUGUUUUUCAUAUGCUGUAUAUGUAUGUGUUUUCCACAUUAAAGAGUUCAAGAUCUGUGAUA